GAGAGGAGGAGAGGCAGACGGCACCACUCCUCUGCCAGGAAGAGAAGAGCACAACGGGACCGGACCGAGGGAGGGCACACACGUUCACCCCCACACAGUCACUCCCAUAGAGAACCAUCGGCCAGGUCAACGAGUAGAGGUCAGAAGAAGCUGGUGUGGGACGGGGGCGGAUGCGCCCCCUCUGGCUGGGGACCGUCAGGAGCGCUGAGCCCAGGAGGAGGGGGAGGAGGAGCGGGAGGAAGAGGGGAAGAGCCCCGGAGACCCGGUUCCUCCUUAGGCUGAAUCUGUCUUUCAAUGACCAUGGGGGAGUGGACCAUUCUGGAGCGGCUGCUCGAGGCUGCUGUCCAGCAACAUUCUACCAUGAUUGGGAGGAUCCUGCUGACCGUAGUAGUGAUCUUCCGUAUUUUGAUAGUAGGUAUAGUGGGUGAAAAAGUCUAUGAGGACGAGCAGAUAAUGUUCAUCUGCAACACUAUGCAGCCGGGCUGCAACCAGGCCUGCUACGACAAGGCCUUCCCCAUAUCCCACAUCCGCUUCUGGGUCUUCCAGAUCAUCUUGGUGUGUACGCCCAGCCUAUGCUUCAUCACCUACUCUGUGCACCAGUCCGCCAAGCAGCGUGACCGCAGUUACUCCAUGCUACACCCCUACAUAGACCACGGUCAUGCAAGUCACCACAGUCGCGGAGGCGACCACCACGCCCGCAAGCUGCGCAACAUCAACGGCAUCCUGGUGCAGAACCCCGACAGUGGCAAGGAGGAGCAGGACCUGGAGGUCAAGGAGAUCCCAAAUGUACCCCGGGGGCUCACGCAGGCCAAGAGCGCCAAGGUGCGGCGGCAGGAGGGCAUCUCCCGCUUCUACGUCAUCCAGGUGGUGUUCCGUAACGUGCUGGAGAUCGGCUUCCUGGCAGGCCAGUACUUCCUGUAUGGCUUCAACGUGCCAGGGAUGUUUGAGUGUGACCGUUACCCCUGCGUGAAGGAGGUGGAGUGUUACGUGUCACGCCCCACAGAGAAGACGGUGUUCCUGAUCUUCAUGUUUGCGGUGAGCGGCAUCUGUGUGCUGCUCAACCUGGCCGAGCUCAACCACCUGGGCUGGAGGAAGAUCAAGACGGCCGUCAGGGGUGUUCAGGCCCGCAGGAAGUCCAUCUGUGAGGUGCGUAAGAAGGACGUGUCGCAUGUGUCCCAGGCCCCCAACCUGGGCAGGACCCAGUCCAGUGAGUCAGCCUAUGUCUGACAGAGGCUCCUCCAAAUGGGGGACCUGGACCUCUGGACCGAGCACAGAUUUCUCUGGGGAGGACGAACACUCAAUCCAGCUCCCCCCACCCUGAGGGGCACUAACUUUACACUGCAACAUUAUUCAGGGGUGCAGAGGGACUUCACAUGGUCAUACUGGAGGAUUAUUGGAGAGAAGAGCUUUUUGGACUCUACAGGAGAGAGAAAGUACCUAAAUGGCAGUUGAGAUACUAACUAAAGUUAGAUUUAAACUGUUGGGAGUGUUGUGCCUUCCAAGAGAACACACUGGAUAAAGAGGAGAUGGAACUAAUUACUGUAAGAAUAUGAAUUAAGGAUAGUUCAAAUUAAGAAAUGUCUCACAUAAAUAUAUUAUCUUUGCCUUUGUGAGAGGUCAAACAUUGUCCCUUCAUUUAUUUAAGUAUGCGUGCAUAUGCAAGAACGUAUGUGUGAGCAUGCAUGCGCAUAUGUGUGUGUGUGUGUGUGUGUGUGUGUGUGUGUGUGUGUGUGUGUGUGUGUGUGUGUGUGUGUGUGUGUGUGUGUGUGUGUGUGUGUGUGUGUGUGUGUGUGUGUGUGUGUGUGUGUGUGUGUGUGUGUGUGUGUGUGUGUGUGCGCAAGAGAUAAGGCAGUGUGUAUGUCCUUUGUUCUGCAGAGUCAGAGCAGAGACGAUGGGUGAAGUUGAGUUGCUGAGGGAAUGAAAACAUUCCUUCUUUCCGUUAUUUUCUUUCCCUGCGGCAGAUCCACUAUAAGGAGGAGCCAAGCAGAGGAGAAGCACCUUUUAUCAUCCCCUUAGAAACCCAGAAAAGAAGGCUUUAAAAUGUUUUCAAAAAUCAACACCAAAACUACACCUCAGCACAAACUGGAACCCCUGUCCCCGUCCCUGUCCCCGUCCCGUCCCCCUGUCCCCCUGUCCCCCCUGUCCCCCCGUCCCCCUGUCCCCCCGUCCCCCUGUCCCCCAAUCCCCUAUCGCUGUAUAAUGCAUUAUUUUACAAGACUGACUACAGUAUGAAGCACUAAAGGAAUGAAUGGGAUUCCAACCAGCCGUUAUUCCUCCAUUACACAGGAAACAGAAGUAUUUACUCACCGAACAUUUGAACAUUUUUAACCCACAAGUUUUUGCUUUACUAUCGAAUUUGGUGCCAUAUUUCCAAGUUACUGUAAAUAAUUGAAUGUAAUAAUAAUUGCAUAAAGCCAGCUUAUUCCCCUAUGAGGCAUGGGUGGGUGGGGGAAUGGCGGUGUUGGGUUGGGUGCUGGGAUUUGGGUGGUGCUAGAGAUUAAUCAUAGAUUGCCAGCUUUAAGAAUAUAUCAUAUUAAUGUGCUCUUUGUUAAGCUUUUGUUCUAGAAUGGAAACUGUAAGUUCCAAAAAAGUAUUUUUCCCCUCCUAUGGACUUUGAAAAAGGCAUGUACUGAAGCAUUCAUAGAAUGGAUAGAUUGUGUUAUGACAUGUAAUUAAAAAAAGAGACUGUUUAAUUUAUUUGCAUCCUGCUCCUGUGACAUGUAAUAAUCAGCAUGUGUUAAGAUUAAAAAUGAUAUAUGAGAUGUGAACAUAGCACCCUGUAAUGGGGAUAUGGGGAGCGAAUAUUGGAAAGGCUCCAGAAUUGCAGCAAUAAUAUUAAUAUUAUAUUGCAGAAAAAAAUAAAUGAAUAAAUAUAUAAAUA